AAGGCCCGGGAGUUGCCAGUCGUCCGCCGUCCGUGCAGCACGUCGUUACUCGUCGUCGUCGCACGCGUCCGCCGCGUCCAGCAGCUGAACAACACGCACACUUGCCCGUUUCCCCUUCCCCCCCACCACGCGCUAUCCCUACGCUCAACAACCCAUCAAACGGUCGCGCGGCGCCGCGCCGCCCGCCCCUUAUCAGCGCCGCCGACGUCUCACCCGGUGGGCACGUCGCCGUCAUUGGUUUCGGUUUUUUCGACUCGUCAACACGGAUCUUCUCCCCAUUGACCGUUUCCGCGUCGUCGAUGCCAUAAUCUCCUCCGGACGUUUCCCGUCCGCCGGCGUAUUCGCCGCGUGCCCUCGACAAUUUCGGCACUUAAAUUAUUAAAAACAUUUUAUCGUUAUAAUAUUACCACUUACCGUCCAUAUCUCGCCCCCAUCGUAUUAUUCUAUACGUGGCCGUCUAUUUACCCGUACUUAAACGCGAGCCUGACCCAAUUAUAUCCCGUACCGGAAGACCCUAGACACGACGUCUUCGUAACGACUUACCUGCGUCGUGCCAUCGGCAAAUUUGGCUAGGGCAAAGUGUAGAAAAUCGUACAAAGACGUCAGGACACGGAGAACCUCUGGCGUGGGUAGGUCCCGUCGAUAAUGCUUAUGGGAACGUACAGUGGACACCACAGCGAUACAUGGACGAAGAUUUGCAGGGCAGUGCUCGGGGCGCAGUCGGUGGCGGUGCGGACGAUGCCACCGCUAACGGUGCAGACAAGAUCAAAAGGAUACCGCCGCCGCCGCCUUUGCACCAUUUCCAGCAGCAACAGCUACAGCAACAUCAACUUCAACAACAACAUCAUCAACAACAACAACAACAACAACAAUAUCAACAACACAUUCAACAACAACAGUUACAAAUGUACCAACAACAACAGAACCAUCAACAACGCCAUUCGCAGCAACUUCUAAAUCAGCAACAGCUACAGCAGCAUCAUCAACAGCAACAGAGACACAAUCAGUUACGCCAUCAUCAAAUGCAGCAGCAGCAGCAGCAACAGCAACAUUUGCAAAAAUAUCAACAAUAUCGCAACCGUCAUCAUCAGUAUCCGCCGCCGCCGCCACCGCCGCCGCCGGCCCUAGUGGCCGCCAAUAGCUCCGCGGUCGCACCCGCCAAUCACGCGUCCGUCACCGCCGCCGUGACCAUCACUACUACCACGGUUACCACGACCGCUGUCGUGGCCAACUCGGCGGCACAGUUUCCGGCGAACGUUCAACAGCCCUCGCCGUCCAACAACGCGCUGCACGCCAUGGCCGCUGUGGUCGCGCCGUACGCCGAGGCCGCGGCGGCCGAACGGUCCGAUUCGGGUCUGAGUUCGUCGCGCACGCUCAAUUCGGGCGACGAACGGUCCGGAUCGCAUUCGAGCGCGUUCAGCGGUUCCGACGAUCACGCGGCCGCCGUGUCGCCGUCCAACGAACAACAUCAAACGCCGCCGUCUUCGUUCAACAACAUACCGGUCUGGAGGGACCCUCACAUGUUGCAGACGCCGAACGGUCCCGUUAUACACGUGGGCAGCGUUCAGCACCAGAAUUUCUUCAUGCCGAACGCGAUGCAAAUGCCACAGAUGAUGUUGCCCUAUCAACCUUUUCCUCCGCCGUCUGUUGGGCCACCGCCGCCGAUGCCACCUCAGACACCAACGCCUGUGAUGCAGCCGGCCCUGGGCGCAGCCGGAAUGCUGUGGAGACCUCCAACCGCUACCGUGACAAACGCCAACAAUAAUCCUGCAGCGGCCAACAGCUAUUACCAUCAUCAUCGCCCCAACGAACAGUACAAAUCAAGCAGCAGCAGAGGAAAUGUAGAAAAGGACGCUUACAAAGAAAUGAAAAGAGCCAAACAGCCGCAGUACGCGCAAGGUUCUGCUGGGGGUAGCAAAAGCAGGAGUGGAGGUGGGCCCUCCGAGAAUGGUUCAAAUAAUGAGUACGGGCAGGUGGAAAUCGAACGGAUGGUAAAUCGUCACCAGAGAGGCAAUCGCGAACAUACCGAAAAGCAACAAGCUGAAGCAGCUGUCCAUCAGCAUUUCGAGGAGAGUCUGAAACUUGCUCAGCAACAAAGGAGAACCAAUUGGAUUUCAAAUUUACCUUCCCCGCCGAAAAAUAUGUAUCCAAGUCAACGACCUAAGAUUCAAGAUUCAUCUAAACAUAGGUCUCCAUCUCUAAAUGGGGUAAAUCAAACAGCCAAUCAUCAAGUCGACGAUUGGAAAGAAAAGAAAAAUAAAUAUGCAUCGUCUAGAUCAACACCGGUUGAUUCUUCAUCCUUACAAGCGCAUUAUAGAAACCGGGCUGUUCCUAAAUCGAAUUCCGAUCAUGAAAAUGUAUUAACCAACGCCAAUGAUAGUGGAAACAUUGGAAACCAUAAUAAUAUGAUCUCGUAUGCUUCUUACAUGAAUGCAAAUCAUGUAUAUAUACCUCCUUCCAAUUCAUCAGUGAUAGUUAGAAAUGAUUCUUCGUACAAAAACUCAUCGAUACCUGGGCCAGAAGCUUAUUUAUAUAAUCGCACUCCUACUAUUCUCACAGUCCCUGCUGUAAAACUAGAAUCUAACAAAGAUCCAAGACAAGCCAAGUCUAUGCAUUAUUCCAGGCCGUUAUCAUCUUCGGUCAAUACUAGUCAAUCAAAAGGUUACAAUUCUUCUCCAGAACCACAUCAUCCUGGGCCAUUAUUAAAUACACAUGGUCGUUAUGCUUUGUAUCCACCUCUAACUGAUAGAGCUCAAAGGGAAUUGGACACGCCUCCUCCUGCACAUUUAAAUGCAAUGAUGUCUAGUCCCUUACCAACAUUUGUACCUGUCGCAGUACCAGUCGAUGAUCUCCAAACGGAAGCAUUAGAUCUAGUUAUGAUUUGUAAUAAAGCUACACCUGAAACUGAUGUUCCUUUACACUUAAAUUCUAACUAUAAAAAUGCUAAACCAGAUCCUCAAGAUACCAUAAACACAUUUGAUAUAAAUGUUCAAAAUAAUUCUAAAAAACGUAACUAUUCUGAAAUAGAUUUGCCUAACAAUGAUAAUGUAAGCUCAUCACUGACACUAUUAACAAGCGAUUUGGUGUCCAAUUCAGCUAUCUUAUCAACGACACUUUCAUCGAACAAUUCACUAGUUAUACCUUCUAGUUUAUCAGAGACUAUUUCGGAAAAUGAAUCAAUAACCAUUUCAAGAGCUAAUUUGACAACUGUUCCAACUUCUAUUCCGUCUACGGUUUCAAUGCUUGAUUCAAAGACUGUUCCGACUUCUGAUUCAAAAACCAUCCCGUUCACAGAUUCAUCGGAGAUUUCAACUAUUACUUCUGCAUCAGUUCCAGUUACGAGUUCGACUACCACUUCAUCAACUAUUGUUACAAAAGCAAGCUCGGUGACAACCUCUUCAAAUGUUCCAAUAACCAACUCAACUACUUAUGAUUCUUCACCAUCUACACCUCCCCCAGUUCUAAUGCCUGCUACUUAUACAGAAACGUCAAGCGGAAUAAGAACUCAUCAUCACAAGUUAAAGAAAGCAUGGUUACAACGGCAUGUAUGGGCAGAAGAUUUGAAAGAAGCAGGUGUUAAUAUCGACCAAAAUUCAUCUCAUUCUUUCUCUCAAAUUGACGAUACUCCUCCAGUCUUACAGUGUGAAAUUAUCAAAAAAAGAAAAAUUUCUAAAAGCUCGUCAGAUGAUAAUACUGAGGUAACAUCGCCUCCUGUAAUUUUGCCAAGUACGAGUAGUUCACUCUAUGAACCGUCGACAUCAUCGGGUACCGGGACCAAAAGGUGCAGGAAAAGAAAGAUUUCAAACCCUACAACAUCUUCGGAAACUAGAAGCCCAACAGACAAUACUAGACCUCCAGAAACAGAAAAGAAAGUUCCACCCAUUAAGAUUCCUAAAAAGAGAGGAAGAAAACCAAAGGUUGUUGUAAGUAUACCUCUGAAAAAAGGAAAAAAUAAUGAUGGUGAAGUGCGGUUUUUUCAAUCGGGCCCAUGUUUAAAUGCUGGGCCGAAAAUACAUAAAUGCAGAGAAUGUCGUAUAUAUAUAAACAACAAAAAAAAUGAUGUAAUGACUCAAGAUGAAAUAGAUAACAUAUUUUGCCGGUUCUACGCAUUUCGUCGAUUGUUCACCAAUAAAACUGGACAAUUAGUGAAUGCUGGGUUCCCUGAUCCUUUCUUGGAUAUUACUGUGGAUGAUGCGAAUCUUUGGCUACCAGACCCAAAAUGCCCACCAACUUCAUUAGAUGUCAAAGUUGCUAAAAAAAUUUUAAUCGAGGCUGGUCGUCAAUUUUGCUAUUUAGUGAAAGAAGAAAAUAAAGCCCUAACUCUUUCACCAUAUUUCCAAGGCAAACCAAUUGCUUGGAAAAAAGCAGCGAAUGGUGUUAGGGAAAUGUGUGAUGUUUGCCUUACGACUAUUUUUAAUUACCAUUGGGCGUGCGCAAAAUGUGGUUUUGGUGUUUGCAUCGAUUGUGUUAAGGCGCGUCUCAAUGGCUCAUCAAAGUCGCCAAAUGCUGCGACCAUGACUAAAAAGGACCUACGAGAAAAGGACACGUUCACGUGGAUGACUUGUAACAGCAAACAUACUCACGACAUCGAGCGGCUCAUGCUUACACAAAUCGUAGCCAGUGACUCCAUGGAUAGAGUAUUCUCUGAUUUACACAGACUCAGUUCAUCGUUUAAUAUUGCCAUCGAAUGUGGUUGUCCAGGAUAUCCUUUACCUCAGCUACAGGGUAACGUCAGUUCUGAUGAUGAUGAUGACGAUGAUAAUUAUGAAGACGAUGAGCUGCCUUCAACAUCACAAGCAAGUAUUUCAAGUGCCAAUAGUUCCCAAAAAACUGCUGCUGAAAAUUCUAAAACCAGUUCUUCCGAAAACUUAAAAAACGAAUCUGCAAAUAACUCAAAAACCAAACUGUCCGAGGAUCUAAAACUUAUUCCUGCUGAGGGCUCGUCGAAAAAUGUUGACGGGGGAUCUAAGAGUAAUGGCAAUUCCCAAAAUACUAUUAACAUCGAACCACAGAUUGCCGGGAGCUCAAAUAGCAGACGAAUGAGUGUUCAAUGUGAUCCGAAUAAAAAAGUGGCUUUAAAACAUUUUGUCCGAAAGAAAAACAAAUAUCUGAGAACUAUUCCACGUGAACCGCUUCCACCACGUGCAAUGACACUAGCUGAAAGCCGAGAAUUUUUCCCAAACAAUCCUCAUACCUGGUUAUGUGACGGGAAAUUAUUGAGACUUUUGGAUCCUGAAAAUUCUACCAACUACGACAUGUUUCAAGAACAAUGGAAAAGAGGUCAGCCGGUGAUGGUCAGUGACGUGGGCCAAAGGUUAAAUCCAGAAUAUUGGAGUCCUAAUUCGUUUAGUCGUGACUUUGGUGAAUUUACCAAUGACUUGAUAGACUGCGCGACCGGCUUACUUAUCGAAGGUAAGACUAUGAAACAGUUUUGGGACGGUUUCGAGGACGAAAGCAAGCGACUUAAGGGUGCAGAUGGUAAACAAAUGUUGUUGAAACUAAAAGACUGGCCAGUUGGUUCUGAUUUUUCGGACACUUUACCCGAAAGUCUUUUCCGAUGUAGAUUUGACGACCUCAUGGGGAUACUGCCGUUAAAAGAUUAUACUCUACACGAUGGUAAACUUAACUUGGCAGCUAGAUUACCGGCAUGUUUUGUACGACCAGAUUUGGGACCAAAAAUGUAUUCUGCUUACGGAAAUGUUGGAAAUCGCGAUUCCGACAAACGGUUGAUGAGUACAACUAAUCUACAUUUGGACGUGUCGGAUACAUUAAAUGUAAUGGUGUAUGUGGCUAUUUCGCGUAAGAAUGGAAAGCAACACGACGAGGCUGAUCAUGAAUGUCACUUAAAGGAAGCUUAUCGGGCGGUUGACGAAGCCGGUUGUGACAUGGCAUGUAGAAGACGGGCCCGCGAUCUCAAAGAGUUGCCGGGUGCGGUGUGGCACAUUUAUCACUCCAAAGAUGCAGAUUCUAUACGUGACUUGUUGAACAAAGUGAGCGCUGAACGCGGUGAACCACAGGAACCCAACCACGAUCCCAUUCACGACCAAACCUCAUACUUGGACGCAGAUCUCAGGGCGCGGUUGUAUACCGAAUACGGUGUCCAGGGUUAUGCAGUGGUACAGUGUCUCGGCGAUGCUAUCUUUAUCCCUGCCGGAGCCCCGCAUCAGGUAAGAAAUCUGCAUAGCUGCAUCAAGGUGGCUUGUGACUUCGUGUCGCCCGAAAACUUGUCUCAGUGUUUCCGGUUGAUGAACGAGUUUUACGACCUAUCCAGCAACCAUAGUCUCCACGAGGACAAACUGCAGAUUAAGAACAUCAUGUUCCACGCGGUCAAGGAUUCGAUUUCGGUAUUGUUGCGUGAAAGUCUUUCGCAGGAAGAACUAGAGGAAUUGGCACCACCGAAAAAGCAGAAGGAGCAAAAACAAUAGAUGCAUAUUUUAUUAUUAUUUUUUUCGAUGGUAAUUUAUUAUUAUUUUAUUUUGACCAUUUUUAUUUUCUCUCAUUGUUAUUACUUAUAUUAAUUUGUAAAUAAUCAUUAAACGACAUUUUAUUUUGGCCCGUUUUCAAUUUACUAUUUUUAAUAUAGUAUAUAAACUAAUAAAAGUUAAUAUAUGUUUAUUUUUUUUUAUAUAAAUAUAUACAUAUUAUAUAUUUAUAUUACUAUUACUAUUACUAUUACAAUUACAAAACCGUGAUGAUUUUUAUUUUGAUGCUCUCGGGAGUACUACAAAAAAAGGUUUUUUUUCAUUAAAUUAUGUUUUUUUCUUUGUUUAUUAUAUUUGUGAUAAUAUGACUUCUUGUACCUAGAACGUUAAGUUAUUAUUAUUAUUAUUAUUUUUUUUUAUUGUAUUAUUAUUUUCUAUCUUUGAUUUUGUUAACAUCAUAUUUUGGUAAUAUUCAUUAUUAAAACCAUAUAAUAUUAUGUCAUUUGGAAAAAUUCACGAAAACAUACAAGAUACAGUACAAUUUAUACAAGGAAUGUCGAUUAUAUCAAUAUAUUAUUUUUUUUUGUACGAUA